UUAACCAAAAAAUUCGUGCUCGUCCAAAAAAAAUCGAAAUUUUCCGACAAAAUCAACUAAUUUUUGUGUGAUCACGCGUUUUCCGACCUUUAUGAUGUAUUUUCACUUACAUCCCGUCAAGGUAGUGUUGCUCGAUAUGGGCCAGAUCCCAAAAAGAGUCAAAUAUAUUCGCGUCAUGGGCGACGAUUUGCCGGAUUGUUACGCUUCCUUCAUGGAAAACAUUCGGGCGAUUGCCCAUCAGGAGUCAAGUGGUUUGGAAUUUGUCAUUUUGUGGAUGGAUUAUGCGAGUGACGAAGUUGAAUUGCGUAACUUUGAAGAUUUCUGGAUGUGGUUGAAAUUUUUGGAAGCAAACAAGAAUUUUCAUCCGGAAGUGUUGAUUAGACCGAUUUUUUUGAUGCCUGCGAUCCCGCGUGGAUUUCCGAUGCCGCCUUGUUUCCCCAUGAAUGCGAUGAUGAACAUGAAUAGACCGCAAUUUGCUCCGCAUCAUCCGCAAUUGUCGCCGCAGCAGAUGACGCCGCAACGUUUGAUCAGUCCGAAUGCGCCGUCGUUCUAUCCAGCGAGAUUUAAAUCGGCGGAAUUUGUUGUUCAGCAGCAGCAAUCGAUGCAAAAUCAACAAGUUCAACAAAAUGUUCAAGUAAUUAAUCACAUUCAUAAUCAUCCAGAAGUAAAUCACGUUCCUCAAAUGAACGGAAUUCACCCUUCCCAUGAAAAUCUUGAGCAUCCUCCUCCGCAAAUUAACGAAAAUCCUCAAGUCACGCCCCAAAAUCAUGAUGUCGUUUCUUUAUCAAGCCUCGAUUCUAUGGAUAUGACUCAUCGAAGCUCUCCGCCAGUUCAAGAAAAGAAUCAUUUGGAAAAAUUCUUAAAACCCUCUGAAAAAACGUGCCUUCGAAAAUUCAUGGACAUGGGAUAUACGGAUCAAAGCGGUUGGCUCAUCAAAGUAAUUCAACAGGUUGAAGGAGAUUUUGAGAGAGCCUGCACAAUCGUGCAAGAAAACGAAGCUGAUACUGACGGAACGGAAAAUUAGUAAAAAAAAUUCCCCAUUUAGAUUUUUAUAAUCAUUGAUUUACAUUGAAUUUAAUAUAAUAUCUGACAAAUUUC